GUGGCAGUAUUGGCUGAGCCGUGGUGUGUCAUGGAGGCGUCAGCUGGCAUCGGGUAGCGGCCACACUCUGCCACACCUUCCCUCGCCCACUGACUCACGGAAUGGCAGCAUCCUUGACGACAGCAACCCCCUCGAGGGACGCUGUCAGAAUCAAAGUCAUCCAGCACAGUGAAUGUGAAGUGGACUCACAGUGUUGCCGGUUCAGUGUUGACCCGGAGCUGACGGGCUACGAGGUGCUCAGGAACCUCAUUGCCCGAGCCUUUGAUCUCAAAGGAGACUACCAGACGUGCUACUUAGCUCGUGAUGACCGCUUUCCGGAGGCCUGCUGGGUGCCGCUCCUCUCAGACUUUGAUCUGGAGAUGGCCUUUGUUAAAUCUGCAGACCCUUAUCUGCUUGUCAGGGUUGACUUAAUGUCUUCCAAUGGCACCUGGGAGGCAGUUACUAGCAUGGACAUCCCCAAGCUGUCUCUUCCUGACCUGCCAAAGAACAACUACUCAGUAAAGUUGCCAGGCCUCUUCAAGGAAAAGAUGGAAAAAACAUUAUCAGCUGUCCAGAAAGUACUGAGCUGGAAUGAGGAGGGUGAGGACACAGUUCGGCCAGCCAGACCUCCACUCACUGACUCAGAGUUCCAGCAGAUGCUUAAUGGUGUCGGGCAACUUGCUCACCCAAAGGAACUGCGGCUCUGUGUCUACCACGGAGGCCUGGAGCCCUCCCUCAGAAAGGUGGUUUGGAAGCACCUGCUGAAUGUGUACCCUGAAGGCCUCACAGGGCGGGAGAGGCUGGACUACAUGAAGCAGAAGACCAAGGAGUAUGAGGGUCUGAAGGCAGUGUGGCAGGAACACCUACAGAAUGAAGAGCUGGUGAGUGAGGAAGUGAAGUACGUGACCAACAUGGUGCGCAAGGAUGUCCUGCGCACUGACCGUCACCACCCUUACUUCAGCGGCCCAGACGACAAUGCCAAUAUCCAGAGUCUUUCAAACAUCCUGACCACGUAUGCCCUGCACCACCCUUCUGUUGGGUACUGUCAGGGAAUGAGUGACCUGGCCUCCCCUCUGCUGGUGACCAUGAGGGAUGAGGCUCAGGCCUACGUCUGCUUCUGUGCCCUCAUGGCCCGUGUGCACUCAAACUUCCACAUUGAUGGAGUGGCCAUGACCCUUAAGUUCCAGCACCUCACUGAAGCGCUCAUCUUUUAUGACGAAGAAUACUAUACCUACCUCCGUCUCCACCAGGCUGAUGACCUGCUCUUCUGUUAUCGCUGGCUGCUGCUGGAGCUGAAGCGUGAGUUUGCCUUUGAUGACGCCCUGCACAUGCUGGAGGUGCUGUGGAGCUCCCUUCCCCCAGACCCUCCUGAGGAAACCCUGCCUCUCUUGGAGGUACAGUUUAAUCCCGUGAAGGUAGAAAGACCUGUGCCACCUCCAACCCCUCGACAAAACCACUUUGCUAAUGUGUGUGCCCUGCGGAGACAGCGGUCCAGCUUGUCAAACAGGAGUGCUGAGUGCCUUGCUGCCAUCCUGAGUAGACGUGCAGCUAGCAUGGAGUGUGACGGGCCUGAGUAUACAGCAGGGGUGAAGAAACUCAGCCGCACUUGGUCCCAGCCCAUCGACACUUCUCAAGUCCGAGCUCGAGUACCAAGUGGAGAAACUGCCAUGACUGUAGAUAAGAUAAGAGAGGAGAGCAGUUCCCCAGAGGAUAGUCCCAGUAGGAACACAAGGAAGAUAAAGAAUUUAAGGGAAUUCCAGCUCUUAACUAAAGUCAGAGAUUCUGAUAGUGAUAGUAAUCCAGGAUCUCCUUUAAAGGAAAAGACUAUUUGUAAGAAAAGCAAGGACACAAACACCAAACUCACUUCACAUCCAAAAACAGCAAACAGUUCUCGAAGGUGUUUCUCAGACUCUGAUGCAACAGAUGUUGGUGUUCCCGUGUAUUCAGAUGGUGGGGAGGUAGAUGUUUGGCAGAACCCUGUUGCUACACUCUCACCAGAAGUAGAUCAGCACUUGCAAAUUGUAUGUCAGGAAGAGAAACCCAGCAAUGUCCAGCAGCUAGUUCCUAAAGCUAACGGGGAACACAAGCAGGCAGAGGAGGAAGGGGCAAACCAGAACACCAUGACGGCAAGCGUGAACUCCUGCGAGGAAGUGACAGAGGUGACCGGCUGGCAGGUGACCAUGAGUGACGGAGGCUCCCCGCAUGUCACCUCCCUCCUCCCACCCGAAGAGUUUGGUGGAGGUAACCCUUUCCUGAUGUUCUUGUGUGUGACUCUCUUGCUGCAGCAUCGCAACCAUAUAAUUAAGAACAAAAUGGAUCAUAAUGAGCUGGCUAUGUAUUUUGACAAGAUGGUGAGGCAGCAUAAUGUGACAAAGGUCUUGGGUCAUGCACGCCGCAUGUUUGAGAACUACCUCAAAUUAGAUUUUUCUAAGAUACGCUCUAAAACCACUCCUCCCGGCUCCUCCAAUGACCACUCAUGUUGAUUGUGGAUCCCCCGGGACUUGAAAGCUUUGUGAUCACCAACACAUCAAUAGUAGCAAGUUGCCUGUUAUUUAUAUUUUAUGUUUUUAGCAGUUUUCAUGGCAGGUUUAAUUGUUUUCUUUUUUUUUCAGAUUUGUUUGUUUAUUGACUAAUUUUUUUGAUCAUGAAUAUUAGUCAGCUAUUCAGGGGACUUAUGGAUAGUCUAGAAGUAAUAUUAGUGCACAUGUAUUUCAUGCAUUCAUGUAUCCAAAUGCACAAUGUGUAGCUUCUAAAGAAUCAACAUUCCACAUAUCAUAUGCACAAAAUAUGAAACAAUCUAGUGCAUUGAGGUUAGAGUUAUCCUGCAAACUCAUCUUGUUCACUCACUUGCCAAAGAUAUGAUACUUAAGCAAGUAUUUUUGAAGUGCUUUUUGCAUGUCAUAAACAUUAGUGACAGAGUAUAAGUUAGGUCAGUGUUCAUAGAAUGACACAAGUGAUGCAUUUAAGCUGCACAACAACACAUGUGUAGGUGAACAAAAUUAAAAUAUCUUGCAUUUUUUUUAAAUUAUAUGCAUAGGUACAUUAUUCAAAUAUAAUGGUUAUAAUAUAUUAUUUUUAUUUUACUAAUUUAAUUAUUUCUUUCACACACACACACACACACACACACACAAAACACACACAAAACACACACACACACACACACACACACACACACACACACACACACACACACACACACACACACACACAGGAGUACCGGAGCACAGGACUUCUAGGAUCCUGCUCCUGGCAAGUUUAGUCUGUUAAGUCUUAGUGUUCUGAGUUUGUAGAUAUGUGUUCACUAUAUUUUACUUUUAUUUUAUUUUCAUUUUUAUUUUGGUGGUGUUUAGAAUGGGAGAUUUUCAUCUUGCUCCAUCUCACUGUGAGCCCGAGUGUCAUGUGGUGUGUUGUGUGUUCUUGCAGUGCCCUGUGAACAAAUAUUGUGCUUCCAUUACUUGUUAAUGGCAGGCUUAGGUUUUGUAUAUUUCUGAAAAUACAAAGCUGUUACAAAAAAUAAUUAUGUAUACCAGUUUGGUAUGCAUAAUAUGUGAAAUACAUUGUACUGCAAAAUUAAAAAUUUUGUAUAAAGGUUCUUGCAGCAAUCGUUAUUUGGCUGUGUCAAGAAAUUUAUCUAAAUCUAUUCUAGUAGAAAUUGUUUGAAAAAAGUUACACAGGAGGAGUGUGUGGAGGAGUGUUGUGUGAAUGAAAUGUUAACAAGGGAAAAGAACUUUCUAAAGGGUUAAGAUUAUUGAAGUGUUUAGAUCUGGUACAUGACAUGAAAUUCUAUUAUGCAAGUGAGGCUGAAGUUAUAAUUUAGGUAAUACAAAGAAAGUGCAGUUUGUAGGUUGUUGGAAUCUUGAAAAUUAUAAUAAAGAGAGAUUUUGAAAGGAAAUUUUCUGUGGAUUGUUGAGACUUGCAUAGUGUAUGAAUUUGAAACACUAGUCUAAGUAUGUAUGUAGACAUGAAUGUGAGUAUCAAAAGUUAAUAUGCUGUGAUAUAUCUGUUGAAUGCAGUGGAGGUACUGACACUAGUAAAUGUGUGUGUGUGUGUGUGUGUGUGUGUGUGUGUGUGUGUGUGUGUGUGUGUAUGUGAAAAAAAAAAAUUAUGAGAUAUGUGUUAUAGUGAAAUGACUGCAAAGAGAGAAAACAGAGGUGGUGAGAAUAACAGAUAAAGCUAUACUGUAUUAAUUAACUUGAAUAGGAAUGCAGCAGAUUGAAAACCAUGGCAUUGUAUGGUUUGAGUGAGACAGCAUCACAUAAUGCUGUGAAAUUGUGAACCAAAUGAUGGGUUAAUAACUUACUAUGUUGAAGGAACUCAUGAUGGCAGGAUUGCUUUGUUUCCAUUGUGAAAAUGAACCAAACAAUUUUUGUAGACCGCAUGAGGCAUAGUAUCAUAAAGAAAGUGAUAAAAGGGAAAGAGAGAGAUGGAAACAAGUCCUGUGGACACUGCAAGGGAUGAGGCAUCAGAGAUAAAGUAUAGACGUUUGUUGACUAUUCUGCUGGCGAGUUGGUUAGAGUAGCAUGAAAGAACUAUGCCUCAACUGACUCAUACAUAGUUUUUUUCCCCUGAACUUGAUUUCCUUGCCACCACUUUUUUUUUUUUUUUUUCAGGGAAAUGACAUGAGAAUAACAAGUGCAGUGUAUUAAUCAACAGCUGGGCAAGGGAUUUUAGGGCAAGUUUUCCCCUGCCAACUUCAGAUUUUAUGCUCAUAUAUAAGCUGCUUGAGCUGUAAGAGACUUGGUGCUUUCCCUUUAGUUGAUCUAUAGCCAUAGUGCCUCCAGUCAUCCCCUCCUUGGCCCUGGAGACAAAAUGUGGUGUAAAGACCUUGACAGUCUCUUCUUGGCACUUUGACAUGUACUUUUUAUUUCUUUUCUGCAUGACUGUGCAGCUACUUCAGCAUUAUUUAAAAUUAUAAAUCAGAAUAUUCUAUUUUUGUACUGUUUAUUCAUAUUUUGUUUUUGUGUCCCUGAUGAAAAGCUAGCUUAUCACUUGUGAUAUUUGUACCAAAGAAAGGCGUAUCAAAUUACUCUCAUAUUUUAUCUUUGAGACAGGAAUCAUUGAUUUAUACAGUGUGUCAGAAUUUACCAUAUAUUUUCAUGUUUAUGUUUUCUUGAGUUUUCAUUAUAAUCAAUUGCGUAAACUUCUAGGCUCUUCAUAAGUCCGUGUGCCCACAAGGGCGUGAAGUAUGGUAUAUAGCUCACUCUUCACAGAACCUAACUAAAUUGCCAAUGUGCUCAUUCCAUGGGUUGAUAGCCAGGAUGAUCCAAAUCCUCUAAGAAAGGCUUGCCAGCCUCUCUAUGAGGGAGCCUGUCUCAAGCCUGCACUAGGAUUCUCUUGUAUGCACACACCACACUCAAAAUACUCACUGUGAAAUGCUUGUACAUACUCCAAUCACAUCAUAGAUAUUUGGUAAAUCUGUUUCUAAGACAGUUGUUGUGUAUAAGCAAGAUUUAGUGGUAGUGUUAAUAAUUUCCAAAUUAUGUAGAUGGACAUUUUUUGUGAUACAAUAGGUGGAGUCAUAUAGUGUUUGACUUGAAUUAUGUUGGUUUAGUUUCAUUCCCAAGACAUUCCAUCGGUAGUCAGGUGUAUAUACUCGUAUGUUUUGUUGAGUGACAGGAGCUGGUGAUGGAUUAAGCAAUCGGGUGUUGGGUUACUCUUUUAUAUUUUUGUAUGUACAGUACACAUAUUCCUCCGUUGUCCUUGCAGUUCUCACAUCUGAAUGGCGUGUGGGGUGUUGUGAUGAGCGGUUGACUUGGGUGAAGCAAUUGAAUGGUUUUGAUUCCUAGUUUCAGGUUCACCAUGUAGCCUUAAUGUCUAUUGCAUUGUGUAUUUUUAUUUUUGAUGUUAAAAAUAUCUGCAUUAAUAAAUAAGAUUGCUAA